AUCACCACUCCUCUCACCGGAAAACGAGUCACGACUUACGAGUCCCCUCAACGAGUUACCACUAAUCAAAAAGAAAUACAAUAAUGGGUAUAUGCAGUUCUACCGAGUCGACUCAAGUGGCCACGGCGAAGCUGAUCUUGCUAGACGGGAGGAUGAUGGAGUUUACAAAACCCGUUAAAGUCGGAUACGUUUUGCUUAAGAACCCUAUGUGUUUCAUCUGUAACUCCGACGACAUGGAGUUCGAUGAGGCUCUCUCCGCUAUAAGCGCCGACGAAGAGCUUCAGCUAGGUCAGAUAUACUUCGCGCUCCCUCUUCGUUAUCUUCGUCAGCCACUUCAAGCGGAGGAGAUGGCUGCAUUGGCCGCUAAAGCUAACUCUGCGCUCAUGCAAAGUGGUGGUGGUGGUGGAAGCUCUCGCCGGAGACGUGUAGAUCCUAUUGUCGCCGGUGAUAAAUAUCGCACUAGAGUUGCCUCCUGUGAUGAUACGGUGGGUUCAGGCUUCGGAAGGAGGAAGGAGAGAAACUCUGACGGUGGUGGUAGCACUAGUAGUGGCCGGAGGAGGGAAUGUUACGCGGCGGAGCUGAGCACGAUAGAAGAAUGAAGGGUAGUUUUAGUAAUUUUGUUGUUGAUAGUUGUAAUUAUGGUGGGGGUAUUUUAGUCAUUUAAAAAGCAAUAUAUGCAAAUUAGUCAGAUGUUAGGAAAGUUAUCUUAUUGGAUUUUAGUAGUUAGUACUUUAGUAGCUAAGCUUAGUAGAAGCAUCUCUCAUUGAUCUGUGACAUUUGUCGAAUUAAAUUAUUAUUCCUACACUUCACUUUUUCUCAAGACGACUAAAAUUUCCAACAAGUAGUAUUGGUCAUAGUAGAUUAGCAUAGUUAAGCAUACAGUAUUAGAUUUAAUCCUCCGUAUGUAUAUACAGAAAUG